GGGUGUUUAAACACUCAGCGAUACUCAUUGAGGUUUAAAUAUUGUUUAUUCAAUCCACUCUGGAAUUGAUUUUGCAAUUAAAUAUUAAUAUUGUAUAGUUAAACUAUUGAAGACAUGAUUGACGAAGUGAAACGGGAAAGAAGCCAUCAGUGGAUGUCAUACUCCAACGAGGUUUAUUAUGGAGCAGACAGCCUGUCAUUGGGACCCAGAGGAUAUUCUCCUCCAGAGCAUCACUUUCAAAGUUACGGCCCGCAAUGUGAUUCCGCACCUGGGGGAGACACAGCCAGGAUCGGUAGUCCUGUUGGAAUACUGCCUCCACCAAACCCAAAAGGAUACAAUGAGAGCGACUCCGACUUCCCGGAAUUGAAAUCAGUUUACAGGCGAACCUUAAGCCACGCCAAACCUCCUUAUUCCUACAUAUCUCUCAUCUGCAUGGCCAUCCAGCAGUCACCGGCGAAGAGGCUGACUCUGAAUGAGAUCUACGACUGGAUACGACAGCUUUUCCCUUAUUACAGACAGAAUCAACAGCGGUGGCAAAACUCCAUCCGUCAUUCCCUCUCGUUCAACGACUGCUUCGUCCGCGUGCCGAGAUCACCAGACUCGCCGGGGAAAGGCUCUUACUGGGCGCUGCACCCAGACUCGGGUAACAUGUUUGAGAACGGGUGCUAUAUGCGUCGCCAGAAACGCUUCAAGUGUCAGAAAGCAACAUCGCCCUCAGGAACGAAAAAUUCAAAGAAGUCAGAUGGGGAAGCUGUGAAAGAUGAAGGGAAGAAAAAAAAGGUGGACGUAAAGUCCCCUGCUCCGCCCAAUCCAACUGACUCCACACCAGUUCGUUCAAACCCACCGGCUUCCUAUCCUGCUCCAAACGCACCUUCUCCUCAGCAUCUAAUUCCAUCGCAUGCUUCAUUCCUACCCCAGCCUGCAGAAAGCUCAGCACAUCUGCUUCCUCUGAGUGUACCUUUCCCGACAAUGCCCAGCCCCAACCUACAGCCAUUGCCCUUAAACUCUAUGGAAAGCAGCUUGCACAGCGAGCUAGCCAUCCAACACCCCAUCACCGUCCCACGGCUCAUGGACUUUCAGUAUUGCGAGUCCCCUGUGAGUUACCCGGUUUACAGCCAGUCUCAUCCUCACAACCUCAGCUAUUUUAGAAACAGAGAGGAAUCCUCGUAUACUGGAGACUCUGUGUAUUACUCUGGAUUUAAUAUGUGUUCGGCACCUCUUUUGAGUUCCACCUGA